AGUGUUCGCCCACUUUCGGGAUUCAAGCCGGUGUUUUCAGAGGGGCAGAGCGAGCGCCGCGGGUCCCAGCUCCGCAGACUACAGCAGUUCAUGUGAGAGCAGCUUGGGCACACCUGGUUGGACCGUGAAGAGCAGUUCAGCGACCGAGACAGCUCCACUCAGCAGCUCCCGAGUUAAUCACUUGAGGAAUGUGGUGCAAUUAGGACAGCGACCGAGAGCUGAAAAUUCAUAUCAACUUCAACUUUUAAGUUACUUUUUUUUCCUCCCUUCGACUUUGAACUUAUCAGAAAAAAGGGAUCAUGGCCACAGGCGGAUUCAAGUCAAGCGCCGCGACGGACUUUUUGGAGGAGUGGAAGGCAAAACGGGAGAAAAUGAGAGCCAAAAUGCUGGGGGACAUUGCCGCAGCCACUGGUACUCCCUUGGGUGCCAGUAAUACAAACAGCAGCCGCAACGCCGUUCCUCCUCCAUCUCCUCCUCCUCUUCCUUCGGCCACCGAGUUCACUAACAACGGCAACCCGGACCGAAGCUCCUCCGCUGGGAACUGCCACCCCUCCUCCUACGCGGUUGCUCGGUCCUCCUCUGGCACUUCUCUAAAGAGGCCCGAGGAGGAAAUGCACCACCCCGUGACACCCUCAGCCACGCCGGGAAGCAACCUGAAGAAGGCCCUGCCUCAGCCGGAGAAGACUCAGGACUCUACUCCCAUGGCUUGCAACGACAGUGACAAGGAAAGCCCGUCACCCAGCAGCAAGGGCAAGGAGAAGAAGAGCACCGGGCCCAGCGCCAGGAAGGGGAAAGGACAGAUCGAGAAGAGGAAGUUAAGGGAAAAGAGGAGAUCCACAGGUGUCGUGAACAUACCAUCCAAUGAGAGCCUGGAUGAGCUGGAUGAUGAUGAUGGCGGAGAGAAGGACAGGAGGGAGGAGGAGGAGCUGGUUCAGGCCAACACGUUUCAGAAUGAGUCGAUGACAGCUGACCCUGCCACUGGCUACUUACUGGAGACUCCAAGAUCUGGAAGCGGCCGCUACAAGAGCUUUCCACAAAUGGGGUUGGAGGAGGACACCGGCGGUAACAGCCGACAGCAGCGACACAACCGCCACGGCCGAGAUGGAGGAGCUUCAGCACCUGGAAGUCUGGAGAAAAGGAUAGAAGACCUGGAGAGGGAGCUGGCCAGAGAGCGUCAGGAGAACGCCAGGUUGCUGAAAGCCUACCAGGACAAAGAUGAUCUCAUUGGGAAGCUGAAGGAGGAAAUCGACUUGCUGAACCAAGACCUGGAUGACAUCGAAGAUGAGAACGAGCAACUCAAACAAGAGAACAAGACUCUGCUGAAAGUGGUAGGCCAGCUGACGAGGUAGAACCAGAUCCGGCACAACAGCCCAGCAACUCUGUCGUCUCCCCUCUCCAAACCAGCCUCCUGCUCUGGGUCAAGUCCAGCAGGGUCACCUUUUAUGUGUUUGAAUCUGUGUUUUUUGUCUGUUAGAGUGAGACUGUAAAUCAGCUGUCAUCUGAGGCGCACAGCCUUAAAAUGCAUCCCUCCUAUCUGAGGAGGAUUAUUCCAAUUGUUGUGAAAGCUGAACUGAGUGGUGGGGAUUUUCGGUUAUCCUAUACAUAUUAUAUGUAAAUGUAUUGUAUAUAGGCCAUUUAGAUUGUUAAUUUUUUUUCAUUUCUGAUAAGGACAUUAAAAAAAAAAGAUGCUAAAAUACAUUGAAUGUAUGUGCUACAAAAACAAGCGCACACAAAGUCUUUUCAAACAUCUCCACAAACUACACCCGAUACUCACACAGGUAAACUGAAAAAGAUUUCCAUUGUUGCAAUGUUUGAAUUGUGUCUGAAGCCAGUGCAGUGCUGCUGUUUAGGACCAAAUCCAAUAUAAUUAGUGCUACAGUAUCAGCAGCCAAAGUGGGCAUAGUGCCUUGCAAUGCAUGUGAGAUUUUUUUUUUUUUUUUUUUAAUGGUUAAAGCCUGGUGCUUUAUUAAUGGACACUGGUGCCAGAUUUACUUUCUUCCAAUAACUUUUUGGUGCAUCUUAAUCCCACAAGUGCUAAUCUGCAAAAAAUUUGCAUUUUGAAUAUAUCCCAUUUAAACAAUCAGUUUAAAAAUAAUAUCAAUAAAAUGCUUUACUC